UUAACAAGUUGUCGCCUGUCGUUUGCCCACGAUGGUUCCCACGCAGGAAGAUAUCGCCAAGUUCCUCACGAUCGUGCCACAUGCCAACGAGGGACAAGCUUUGUUGUACUUACAGGCAAGCUUUUUCCUUCCUCGAUCACUUGUCUUGUUUGUUUCAGCUUAUUUAUCUAUCAUAGGGAGCGACCACCCUCGAAGAAGCCAUCACCCACUUCUACGAUGGUUCUCUCACACACGCCAACGGUGCCGCACCGGGCGACACUUCGAAUUCCGUGAGCCAGGAUCAAAAUACCCAGCCCGAUCAUGCUGAUCCUCUGCCUUCCUAUCAAGCGGCCGUCGCGAUGGGAGGCAACGAAUCUAGAACCACGCAUACCAAUUCGGUUAUUGAGGCGGCGAAGCUCCGCGCGCGCGAUGAGGUGUGCAGAGCCUCGUUCCCGGCCCCCUUUUUUAUUGUUCUCACCUAACUCAGAAGUCUCUCUGUAUCCAUAGCAAGAGAUGCAAAGCCGAUUACAACAAAUUCAGUGGGACCAUCAGAUCUUCAACGAAGAGAUUGAGCCGGAGCAUGAGGCAAAGCACAUGCUGACCUGCCCCUGCGACGUCCACCAGUACAAGAUCCGCAAGCAGAACCGCGUGGCAGUGCUGAAAAUGUGGUCCGAAGCCGUGAUGUAUCCCGGCGAGAAAUACUAUCACGACUGCUACUACUCCCAACAGAUAUGGAACAACAACCCUUACGCCAGAAUCAUCACUCCGUAUGGUCCCGUAGGUCGCAUACGCCAGAAGCCGGAAGCCCGAUACCACGCCCGAUGGCUGGUCGAAACCAUUCGUUUGAAUUCAAGCCUCAAUGCUACUGCGCAGCGAAUUGCGAAUCAAUACGAGCCGACAGCAAAUAUCUGGGAGGUGGAGGAGGAGCCGGUGGCCGCUAACGACGGCGAAGGCUCGGACACGGCGCACAAUCGAUCCGACUCGCUCAAGCCGUCUAUCUUGACCCAGAUGCGCAGGUCAUUGUCCCUCCGGUCGUCUGAAGAGCGCGAAGCUGCCAGGCAAGCGAAGCGGAAAGCAGACUAUCGCGAGCUGCGCGACGCAAUCCUGGUGGAAGAGGCGGGGCGGUGGCCCGACCCCGAAUUCCGCCGCAUCGUCACCGAAUACCAGGACCGUCUAGGGUUGACGCAGCACAUUGUGAGCCUCCGUGUGCAUCGCCCUAUGCAGUACCUCCACCUCCUGCGCGCCGGCUACUUCGAGCCGAUCCCGGUCGCGUGGGCAAAGCAGAACUCCAACCCGCUCAAAUUCCGGAUCGAGGCGGCCGAGGGAUGGCGUGGGAUAACGCCCACCUGGCGCGGGUACGAGAAUACGGCCGAGGAGCGGUUAUACUGGGUCUUGAAUCAUCGAUUCGAGUCCACCAACGGCACUGAAUCGAGACAGUGGCUCAAACCGGACGUGAUCUCUGCGCUCGAGAUGGCGCGAACGCGCAUGACAACUGCUGUAGACCUGCCGCCCGUUUACGAGGCGCUAGACGAUAUCUGUCAGACGCAAAAUACCUCAGCCGUGGGCUACUCGCGACAGGUGAUGCCAUCUCCGUUGCGGGCGGUAGAUGCGCCUGAGUUGCCCACGGACAAUACAAUGAUCCUUCUGGACGUGUCGGGGUCGAUGGACUUUGACCCCGUGCGACCAUCCUAUGAGCAAUAUAUGGUCGCCCGCUAUGAGCGAACAAUGCAACCCAAAAAUAAAGAUGUCGCCAAAGCAGUCAUCCGCCGCUUCACGGACACGCUCGCCACCCAUGACCAGAACCGCGAGGGCUACCAGCUGGUGACCUUCGCCAACAAAGCUGCCUCCAUGGGCUACAUCAACCACCGGAACUUCGCCUCCGUGUGGAGCCAGAUCACCGUGGGGGGCGGUACGCGCGUCAUGGCGGGCUGGCAGCAGGUCAAGGACCUCCAUUUCCAACGACAUGCAGCCUUUGCAACCUACCACGAGGUAUACGGAUGGCAAGCGGGGCCCCAGAUGCCGAUCCUCCGGCUCCUGCUCCUGCUCGACGGCGAGGCGACGGACAUGGAUGAGUUCGAGCUGGAGCUGCUCAGCCUGUCGUGGGUCCACGUGACGAUCUUCCUGAUCGGGGCCGACGGGUGUCCGCACCACCAUCGCCAUGCCAACGAGCUCCAGCGGAUCAGCGAGGUCAAUCCACAUGUCGCGUUCGUUGACGCGCAGGGUAACACCCCGGAGCGGUAUGUGACGCAUGAGCUGUUGAAGCGGCAUCUCGGGUACGAGGUGACCCUGUCGGAGUUUGAGGAGUGGGAGCGGAGUGCCCCGCCCGCUUAUGAGACGUCUCUUUGAGAUUGUUGUGAAUACUGUGUCAUAGAUAAUAAUUUGGUAUGGUUUAGUCCAAUCAAUGCUCACUUCCAAC